CUCUCUCGGUAAGUGAGUUAGUCAAGUUAGUUAGGUUAUGUUAGGUAAUGCCUUUUCGUUCCUAUCAGUUUAAAUCCUCCCGCAUUACUUUGCUUCUAUUUGUACUUUCUUUAAUGAAGAAUGUAGCGGGUAUCCCGAGGGCACUGCGCUAUGCUGCGCCACGCUGGGUGAUAUUAGAGCUUAAUAGUGUUUGAAAGAGGGCUGAAGAAGACAGGAGAAGUCACCUGAAGAAGAAGAGAAGCGCUCUCGGGUUUUCUUAUUUAUCUGAGCUCCUGUCGGUGUGAAUGUGCCCUUCGCCCCGGGCUUUAUCUGCGGACUGUAACGCUAGGUUAGAUUAGUUAACUAGCUACUGCGCCAUCUAAAAACCAACCGUGCUGGAGGCUAGCUGCUGUUUUAAAGGACACACGCGCCCUUGUCACAACUUUUUUUUUAUGUUAAGACGACAUUAGAACGAUAUUUAUCACGUUCGUCCGGUUUUUGGUGGCAUUUUUGGGUAAAGUGGAGGGAGGGAAAAGUUCAGGCUCCUCUGGCUGCGGCAGCUUUUAACGUUGGUUACGUUAACUUACGUUAGUUAGCUAGGUUAACUCGCGUUAACUAGCUUUCGCCUAGUUAGCUAGCUAGCGAAGUUAACGUUAACUGGCUAUGCUAACUAGUUAGUUUAGCUAGCUAGCUUUUUUUUCUAAACGCGCGUCGUUGACACCGAGCUAAUGCGGGGUGUGUCUGAAACGUCAGAUGUGCUGCCUAGUUAGUGAGCAUUCUGAGGCAGGAAGGCACCCAAGCUUGUCUGAAGCGAAGUUUAACCAGUAAUUUAACACUAGCCUUCUGGUUUAAUGUGUUUAAAUGCUAGCUAAAAGCUAAUGAAAACACUCAACAGCCAAACAUACACAAUUAAACAGCAGUGAACUGUUUAUAGACUGCCAGCGUCAGGACCUGCGUAUUUUAUCCCCUUUUGAUUCGGAUACACGAAUCUUAAUCACUACACUGCCUUCUAAGUGAUAUAUCUAGGUUAGCUAACUAGUUAACCUUGCUAGUGUUGAGCAGCAAGAGCAUCAAGUCAGUCAGUAUUUCUUGCGGGUUAGAAACAGGAGUAAUGUAAUGUAAGCCGGGGUGUUCUGUCGAGUUAUGCUACCUUGUCAAACCGCGCUACCCUAGUAGUACAGUACAACUGUAAAAAUGCAAAAGAAGUACUAUAUUAGAGCAUGUUCCUAGUGGAAUCACAGUAGAUGUGGUUAGCUUUAGUAUAUUUGGAUAGCAUAAAUCACUGUAUAAAUUUAAAGUUACGGCAAUGAGAGAUCAUUACAAACUGCUUUUGUAUUGCUUAUUAUAUUUUAAAUACUAACUAUUGCAUUUUUUUUAUUAUUAAUAAUUUAAAUUUACACUUUUUUCUGUAAUGACUGAGUCCAGGUUGUAACAGAUUCAUUAUUAAAAAAAACGAGAAAUAAUAAAAAAAAAAAGUGUACGUCGGCGCAUGCGCAGUGCCUUUAGGAAGCACUUAUUUAUGGGUAGCACAAAUCGACAGAACACCGGCGAAGCUGCAGCUAGGCAAAUCGUGUGAUAUAACUAGGUUAUAACCUAUCCUAAGUUAUCUAGGUUAUCUUUGUUAGCUAACUAUUGGUUAUAAACAAUUCUGUUCUAAAAGCAUCAGACAACUCUAGGUAGCGUUAGCUAACCUAACUUGUUAUAAGCUGACUGUGUAGCUGGCGUUGUUACGUUACUGUGUUAACGUGGUUCAGUGCUGCUGACAGUCUGUAGCCUGUGCCUGCUGUCAAGUUCAGCGCAUUUGGCCGUGGCGUUUUUUUUUGUUUAGUGCAGCGAGCGAGGCGCAGGACUGAACUCAGUUUGUAAACAAGUAACUAGCAAGCUUAUAACGCUGGACUUUUCCCAAGCCGCCGGAUUCACCCACACAGUAGCUUCUUCAGCUCCCAUAAUAUUAGUUUGGAUUUUUUUUCGAGGGGCGUUCACCGUGGACGACUGACACAGGCUGGGUUUUAACUAGUUAGUUGGGUGGGCGAAAUAACUGCAGUUGAGCUUAGCCUGCGUCGUAAUUAGUUUAACGCUAGCUAACUACUUACUAAACACGCAGAUCAUUGCCUGUAUGCUGCUCGCUGCCCGUCCGUCCGAACAGCCAGCUCUAACCUAGCGUUAUUUAUCAGAGCCGCUUAUGUAACGCUGGCGAUUCCGCAUUCGACACCACAGCGAGCCGGCGGUUAGUCUGGGCAUGUCAACAGCUCUGCUCCCGGGGCUUAUUUUCGCUUUCAAGCGGGAGAAAUUAACCGCUCUCUAGUCGCUUUUCGCUUUGACACGUCGUUUCGAGGUAGACACGGUACAGACUAAGGCAAAACUCGGGUUAAAAUCGUAAAAAAAACGCCGUCCAAGCGUUUCGCAGCGCGGCUAGCCGCGUUAACCUAACUGACCUAACUAAGUGACAAACAUGCGUGGCAAGUGAAGGCUCAACUAGCUGGAGGAAUAAGUCUUGGAUUUAAAGCCUGGAAAUGAACUUGCUUUCUUCGUAAUUCUAAACAGCUUCGAGAGAUGGAUCGUGGCCUAAAACGCAGCAAUAAUCAGGAUGAAAAUCUGACUUUAGGGGAUCGUACGAUGAGAGGCCUGUCAACAGACAUAAACAGCACCAACAUGUCCAGCAGCCCAACCUCUGCUUCUAGCGACAUCUUAAAUGGACUGAGCAGCAGCAUGAGCGCUCAGAGAGAGCUCCCUAUGGCAGGGUCAACCAUGGUGGGACACGGCACUCAGGAGAACAGUGCCAAGUUAUUUGCUAAACCCUACAGGAUGCAGCACCAGCAAAGGCAGAAGGAAUCCCUGGGACUCAGCGUCGGGGAUAACUUUGCUCUCUUGGAUGAAAGCAUAGCGGACUUAAAUCGCACCUCUACCUCAGUGAACUCCAGCGGCCAAGCCCCCGAGACGUUCGCUUUCAAAAUGGAGCAGUUUUCCCCUCUGGAUAAGGUCAGCUACGAUUUUGGUCCCUAUGGCCAGCCGGGCAGGGAUGUGGAUGGUAACGAGAAGCUGCUGGACGAAAACACUCUGGACAUCCUGCACGAUCUGGACCUGCCCAGCUCUCCGUUAGAGCUCAAUGAGUUCUACGCGCAGGAGGACACUGCCUUUCUUUCCUCCCUGGCAGUGGAGGACGCCUUGCUCGGAGAGGCCGUCAUGCUGAAGGAUACUAAGCCAGUUGUCACGGGCAACGACGGAACCUGUAAAAAUGUGAAUGGCAACGGGAAACAACAUCCACAGCAGAUGCUGGAGCCUGGUGUCAACAUGCCAGUCAUAAAGACGGAGAAGGACACUGAAUUUAUUCAGCUGUGCACACCUGGGGUCAUCAAACAGGAGAAUGAAAGGAGGAGCUACUGCCAGAUGUCAGGAAUGCCCGCGGCCCACGGAGGGCUACUCAUGCUCGGGGGUGUUGGCAUGGACAGGCAGUCUUACCACUAUGGAGGUAAUACCUCCUCGGCCAUGGACUUACCUGAUCAGAAGCCCAUAGUAGGCUUGUUUCCCCCACUGCCGACUGUCAACGACGGUUGGCUUCGGGGCAAUGGAUAUGGCGAAGCAUCAGGGAUGCAAAGGGGCAGUGAGGCCAUGUCUCAGCAAUGUUCAUCCCCCUAUGCCCACAGCAACAGCCCCUUGCUGAGGCCAGACGCCAGCAGUUCCAGCCCAACUGGUCCUCCCCGCGGCCCAACCCACAAGAUCUGCCUGGUGUGUUCAGACGAGGCGUCAGGAUGUCACUAUGGUGUUCUGACCUGCGGCAGCUGUAAGGUCUUCUUCAAAAGAGCUGUAGAAGGAUGGAGAGCACGACAAAACACAGAUGGCCAGCACAACUACCUGUGCGCGGGGAGGAACGACUGCAUCAUCGACAAAAUCCGCAGGAAGAACUGUCCGGCCUGCCGCUUCCGCAAGUGUCUCCAAGCCGGCAUGAACCUGGAAGCGCGCAAAAACAAAAAGCUGAUCCGGAUAAAGGGCCAGCAGGCCUUGCCUGACCCAGCCCACGCCAUGCCCGACCCCUCAAGUUUAUUGGUGCCCAAGUCCAUGCCUCAGCUUGUGCCCACCAUGCUGUCCCUGCUCAAAGCCAUUGAGCCUGAGAUCGUGUACUCUGGCUAUGACAGCACCAUCCCGGACACCUCUACCCGCCUCAUGACCACCCUCAACCGACUGGGUGGACGGCAGGUCAUCUCAGCAGUCAAAUGGGCCAAAGCCCUACCAGGUUUCCGGAACCUGCACCUGGAUGAUCAGAUGACGCUGCUGCAGUGCUCCUGGCUGUUUCUCAUGUCCUUCAGCCUUGGCUGGAGGUCCUACCAGCAGUGCAGUGGAAGCAUGCUCUGCUUUGCCCCAGACCUCGUCAUUAACGAGGAGAGGAUGAAGCUGCCCUACAUGGGUGAACAGUGUGAGCAGAUGCUGAAGAUUGUCAAUGAGCUGGUGCGACUCCAAGUGUCCUAUGAAGAGUAUCUCUGCAUGAAAGUCCUUCUCCUGCUCAGCACAGUACCAAAGGAUGGACUGAAGAGCCAGGCUGUGUUUGAAGAGAUCCGGAUGUCCUACAUUAAAGAGCUGGGCAAGGCCAUCGUCAAACGUGAUGAAAACUCCAGCCAGAACUGGCAGAGGUUCUACCAGCUCACUAAGCUUUUGGAUUCCAUGCAAGAGAUGGUGGAAGGGCUGCUCAACUUUUGCUUCUACACAUUCGUGAACAAGUCCCUGAGCGUGGAGUUUCCGGAGAUGCUGGCCGAAAUCAUCAGCAACCAGCUUCCCAAAAUCAAAGACGGGAGUGUCAAGCCUCUUCUCUUUCAUCAGAAAUGACUGCCUUAGACGGAAACGACGAAAAUGCCUUAACGCCGUUCUAAAUCCCCACCGCUAGCCUAACCGCCCCCCCCCCCCCCCUUAUUGCUCUGAAUAGACCCUCCACUAUCAAGGAUUAAGUGAAUGUUGUUUUCGUCCUUCCCAGAGAAUGGGCUCUUGAGAGGGAGAACAGAAAGAUAAGGAAUGUUGUGGCACAGUUAAAGUACAGUAGUACAGUACAGUAAAGAUUUUUCAACCUUUUUAUUUUCCUAAAUCACAAUAUAUAACACUUUAUGCUUCUACAUUAGACUGGAGUGGGCUAAUUUUACAGGUUUAACAAAAGAAAGAAAUAUUUUCUAUUAAUAUUCUUUUUUUUUUUUUUUUUUGCAUGCACAGUGCUGCAAUGUUUACAGAGGUAUAACAAAAAGGGAAAAUGUGCCUUUUUACGGGGGAAAACAACGACAAACAAAAAAAAAAAGAAACAACUUUGCGAAAUGACUUUAGCAAUUUCUCUGUCCAGUGCAAGUAAGUGGCAUACACGCUGCUCUGUUCGUGCUUGUGUCUCGUACCCGUCACGGCUUUUUCUGCUGCUGUUUGAAGCAGCCGUGUUUGUUUUUUUUAAAGCUGGCAGCUCAGUGAUCCUCAGAGGUGGCUGAAGACUAGGAUGGAAACGCCUGGAACUGCCCAUGGAAAGAUUAAGUGUAUUUGAAUUUUUUAUUUUUAUUUUUAUUUAGUGUUGAUUUUUACCCAAAAUCUCAAAUCUCUCAAAUAUCUGAUGUCUUUUAUCAGCAGCUACUUGCUGUUUAUGCUUUUAUAUACAUCCGACGCCCCAGACCUGCAGAUCUAAAUUACUUGGCUGACGGCGCAAAUGUGUGCUUUUCAAUUUCUGUUUGUGUCACGCCAAAUCUGAAGCACUGCCCUCUACGCUCUACGUGCAGUAACCUAUAAAUCAAAGGAGCACUGUGUACUCUCUGAUGGGCUUCAAAAACACAUCAAAUGAAUUUUAAUGGCCUGAAGUAAGCAGUGGUGUACAGGCCCAGUUUAGGACUGAGCCGGCAGGCAGACAGAGAGCAAAGUCACUUCAAGUAAGUAAAUCAUUCGAAGAAGAGAAAGUGACUCGGAUCUUCCAUAGUUCAGCUGUGGGUUGAUCAGUUUUUGUUUGCUCUGCCAGUAAAGCACAGCUACUCACACAAACUUACUUCAGAUUUGGAAUGCAGCUACUGCUCUUAUACUGAAACUGUCCACACUCUUUUUGGGUCAAAUAGGAGAAUUUACAGACAUGCACCACCGCUACAACAUAAGUAGGUAUUCUAAGAAAAAAUUUUUAACUGCUAAGUGCUUUUCCAAUGACAUCUGUAAUAAAUAAAUCGCCCCCCCCCUUAAGUAAGUGAGUGAUUUAACCAUCAUUAAAGAACAAUAACGCAAGAACGCACGUUACACAUUAUGUUUGUACAGCAGGACUAUGUGAGUUUACAGAGCAUCGACUUGACUGGGUGUUGGCAUUUACAUGCUAAUCCUUGUGUCAAGUGAAUGUUUUAAGCCUAAAAGAGAGAGAUUGAUUUAGGUUUGUUGCAGGAUACCAGUACAAUGACACUGUAAGACUCAGAUUACCAUACGGAAAGCACUUAAGAUAAAGAUAAACCAGCAUUUCAGACGAGUCAGACAAGUCAAAUGAGCGCUGGAUGUUAAUCUACACAGAUUUCUCUUCUAAAAACUGUUAAUUUGGGGUGAGUAAAGCGCUUCCAUUUAUUAACAGUAAGCUUAGAUUUCCAGAGUUCCACUGAAGCUGGAGUAUUAGCAUUAGUGGCGUACUGAUAGCAGGUAAUGCGAAUGCCGCUCCAUCAGUGUUAGCCAGGGAAACUCCUGUAUAACUCUGUACUUCAGCGGAGUGGCUUUACUGCUCCUUAAAUCGAGAUUGGUAAAAUUCAUACGUAAGGUGCACUAGAUUAUAAGGCUCACUGAUUAUUUUUGGGACAAUGAAGGGGUUUUAAGGGCACCUUAUAGGCGAAAAAUACGGAUUGUUUCAUCCUAAAGCAACAGUUUCUCAAUACGAGGACACAAAUUUGGACUCCCAUACUUGGCCAGUACAAACUUGGCAAGUUUGUCUCGGGAGUGAAUACUCCCAAGGAAGGGAGGACGCAAUUCUGUUCUUCUGUAAUUGAAACAGGUGCGUACUUGAUGAUGUCACUUUCUCAGGGGAGCGUAAAUCGUUGUAAUGCUAGAGCUGUCCAGCUAAUGAGACUGCACAUCUCCGAUAAUUUAGAAGCACAUCUGUACAUAGCCUCACUACUCCAAUACUGGUGCAAGGUGCUUUCUGGGAUAUCGGACUGUAAGAAGCCCACACCGUUCAUGCAUCCUCAAUAAUGUGGGAGGAGCUAGAACACAUCCGGCUAUUUAUAGUGUUCUUAGCUAACUGAGGACUUUUAAAUAGAACAGUACUUAGGCUGUAAAUGGUGACAUUUCCGGGGUUCACAAAAACAACAAGUACAGACAAGAAUGCAGAUUGAGAAACAGCCAGUGAUUAGCUAUGCACAGGAUAUUGGACAAUCAAAAUUAUUCAUCCAAAAAUGACAAAAAGCUUGGUAUAUUAAUUUAUAAUAAUUUGGUUAGUUUGUCUGUUAGGAUGGUAAAAAUGUUCAUUAAAAAGAGUUCAUUAAAUAUUUUGUUGUAAUUGUAGAGUAAAUUGCUCUUUGUUUGAAAACCAGGACAAAAUAUAUUUAUGCAAUUUAAUUCAUGUAAUGGUGAAAAAAGUUCCAAAAUGAUUGAAAACCUAAAAAAUAAAAAAAGUGUUUGGUAUUUAGGUAUUUAGCUUUAGGACUUUGGUAUUAGCUGAAGAUUUUCACUAACAGCAUUAGACAAUAAUAUAACAACCUGAUAUGCAAUAGCAAAAUCUUACUGAUACGCAACAUUACACAAUGUUGGUAUCUAGACAACCAAAUCUCACAUUCAAUUAUUCUCAGAUUCUCAAAAAAAUUAUAAUUAAAAGCACAGACUGUUAGAAAUCAGUUCUUUAACAUCACCCAGUAAACACAAAACAUUAACCGAGAACUGAACUCUACACCGGCCUUCAUGCACAAUCAAAGGGUAAGAGUGCAUUAUGAGCAUGUUCUAAAGAUGUUUAUUCCCAACCUCUGGAAUACUAGAAUGGGAAAAAAUAAACAAAUAAUUAUUUUGUAUUCAUCUCUAUGUUAUGCUUCUUCUGCCUUUCCAUUUUUCUUGCUAAAACAAAGAUUUGCUAAAACAAAGACCAGAAAGAAAAGCUAAAUCUGAUAUUGGCAACACUCAUGAAUAAGUGGCAGAGUUGUUGUAUCUGCAGUGACCUGUAGUUAGCAGUGGCAUUAACAUCAACCAGUCAUCUGCCAUCAACCUAUAGUUGUUUAUUCGCAUCAUUACAUCAUGAGUGGACAGUGGACAGGGUUCAUACAGGAUUAUCAGUGCGGAUGAGAUCAAGGUUUAUGUCAAACUGAAAUUUUGUCUUGAAAAGCACGUAGCAGUCCAAAAGCACUUUCAUUUUCGGCUCAUUACAAUUACAAUGAAACGUGAUUGCAUCUUUGGAAUUCUCCUUUAACUCAUUUGACCUCCUCAGGCUAACUGUUCUGUCCUGUUUGACCUCCCAGCAGCAGCAGCAGCAUCAUCACUGUUUUAGUGUCUUUUUGGACACAUAGCUCUGGAAUCUGUUUCUUUGUCCUUUUGUGUGGUGCUCUUCUCUGGUGCCAGUCUGGAUCUGGAAAAAUACCACUUUAUGAUAAUUUUUGUGAACAGGAACAAAAGUAACAUCAACUCUUCUUCAUUCUGCUCAGGCCUGCGUUCGCUUUUUCCCUCGCUUGUGCUUCAGUUUUCACAGUUUUUACCGAAAUUACACCAGCGAAGCGUUGCGUCCACCCUCGUGAGCCUAUUAAUAACGAGCCUUGUCAUCAUUUCAGUGUGCAUAGCCAUUCAUAACGCUAGAAAGUGAUUCAAAAUACUUUUCUCAUAGCGUGACUAGCACAUUUCUGUGUUCAAGAAAAAAUAAUCUUUUUUUUCCCCCCUCUUUGAAAUUAUUCACCACCUAAGGGUGUAUAGAAGCUGAAAGAACAGCUGCCUCGUGAUCCAGAGGGCUGACACAAUCCUGUGCGAAUACUUCUGAAAUGAAGAAAAAAAAAAGAAAAAGAAAUUCCAAAAUGAAUUGUUCCCGUAUAGAGCACUUCAAAACAUGCAUGUGUAACAUGUUUUAUGUUUUAUUUUUAGAACACUUUUUAAAAGUCCUUUUAUCAAUCGAUAAAAUCUGUUUAAUUUUUUUUUUUUUUUUUUUUUUUUUUUUAUUAGAGAGCACUUAUUAAACCCAAAGCCGGGUUGGAGUUGCAGUAUUAACGUGCACGUUGUAAACAGUGGGCUUAUCUACAUCUACAUUAUUUAUAAGGGUUUACUGUGUUAAACACUUGGCUGAGCCUAAUAUUAUAAAUAUACACCUCUGGAAAAAAUAAGAGACCACUUAAAAAUGAUUUAACUGAAUGAGUUUCUUUGAUUUUACCAAAUUUGACAAGUUAUCCAAAAGUAGUGUGUAAGACUGGUGGAGGAGAACAUGGCAAGAUGCAUGAAAACUGUGAUUAAAAACCAGGGUUAUUCCACCAAAUAUUGUUUUCUGAACUAUUCAACCUUUAUGAAUUUAAACUUGUUUUCUUUGCAUUAUUUGAGAUCUGAAAGCUCUGCAUCUUUUUUUUGUUAUUUCAGCCAUUUCUCAUUUUCUGCAAACAAAUGCUCUAAAUGACAAUAUUUUUAUUUGGAAUUUGGGAGAAAUGUUGUUCACAGUUUAUAGAAUAAAACAACAAUGUUCAUUUUACUCAAACAUAUGCCUAUAAAUAGUAAAAUCAGAGAUACUGAUUCAGAAACUGAAGUGGUCUCUUAAUUAUUUUUUUUAGGUGCCCUCUGCAUUGUUGGGAAAGAUCAAGCAUUUUGGCUUACUUUCACAUACAGUACAGUGUUAGAAGACCCCCGGUACAUUCAUCCGUGACAUAAUAGACAUUUGUUAUUCUGUAUAUUCUGUAUACAGUGUAGUCCAUAACCCAUACUGUUCCAGCAAAAACAUAAAAAUAGAAAAAUAAUAUUUUUUAAAAGUUGUGCAAACAUAAAUUUCUAUUUUCCCUUAUUUCCUCAGUUGCUUCACUUCAGGCCUUGCUAAAGGGAGAACAGAGAGCCAUACUCGGUUUUGUAUUAAGGAGUACUUUUCCAGUAACAAUUCUAAUCCUCUACAAUCCUUCACUAAUUAAAAAAAAAAAACCUUAGAUGUGAAUUGUUUCAUAUUCAAAUCCUUUUACUACAGAAAAAAAAAUAUUUUAUUGCGCGAGAAGCUUCGUAUCGUUUUUGUGUUUUGUUUUUUUUUUUACAAAAAAAAGUGUUAUAAUGUUUGCCCUGUAAGUAAAUGUAAAUUCUAUUCUAUAAAUCAAUAGGAAGGAUUUAAGAGAGAUCACUGUGUUAAAAAAAUAAAAAUAAAAUAAGACAGGGAUUUUAACUAGAGAGGGGGGCAAGGGACUGGAGCAUAUUUUGUAUAGUGCAACAGAGCGACCAAAGCAAAGUAGAUAUAUAUAUAUAUAUAUAUAUAUAUAUAUAUAUAUAUAUAUAUAUAUAUAUAUAUAUAUAUAUAUAUAUAUAUAUAAUUAUAAAACAGAAAAAUGUAAUAAAAAAAUACAGAAGUGUUUAAAGCAGUUACAUUUUACAGUAGCACUUAUUAUCCAAUACUAUAGAAUGUAUUGUUUUAUCUCUUUUUCUCUUUUUUAUUUCUUUUGUAAAGGUCUAGGCUUUGGUCUCAUAUUAUAUAUUGCUGUAAAAAAUCAACCAGCUACUUUAAAAAGGAAAAAAAAGAAAAGAAAAGAAAAAAGGAAAGAGGAAAAAACUGUGUGUGAAAGUAAUGUACCAGAGCCUGACAAUUUGCACUACCCUAUUACUGGUCUAAAAAAAAAAGUCUAUUUUGUACAAAAUUCAUGCAAAUAUUAUAUUCAAAAUUAAGGGCAGAUCAUAUUUCACUCGUAUAUGGCUUACAUUAAAGUCUGUUUUGUUUGUAUUUCAGUUAUGUAAAUGUAAUCCAAUGCAAAGAAUGUCUAUUUGUUUUAAAAAUAGUUUUGUAUUACACUUAAGUAGUCAAUGUCAAUCUUUACACUUAUUUGAUUAAAUGUUGAACAAAAA